AUGAAUGCAUCGAACACGAACGGAGAGAAAAACCUGCUGAUCUACGACAAGUCCACCAAAGUGGGAUGCAUCUAUUUCAUAGGCAUCAGCAGCAACUUGUAUCGGGGUAAAGUAAUUCUUAAAAAAAACUCCAUCAGUGACAGAAUAGUGAGAUACACCAAUUUAAGCGAAAAUUUGUUGCUAAUAAAAAAUGGAAAUUAUAAUUUUAAACAAACGGCAAUAUUAAUUAAAGGGAUAACCAUCUUUCUGCAUAGGCAACUAGAGGUGCUACUAACUGAUUUCUACGCAAUGUAUAAGAAGUGUUUAUUCAGUAGCAUCAAUGAAUAUAGGCUUCAAAAUGGUAUAUUAAAAAAGUGCAGGGCGAACAGAAGGCAUAGGACAAAAAAAAAUGUGCUAUCUUUACAGGACGGAGAAACAACUUAUGGUAACGACUACAGUGGAGGCCAUGAUGACGGUACUUUCAGGAGGAAAAAAGCCAAAUACCUAAACAAGAACAGAAACAUAGCAGACAUAAACGAUCUAAUGCUGAAAGAAAACAACGAACUGUAUGAGAACGACUACCACUUUGAAAAUGAAGACAUCCCAAAUGAUGAAAACGUGAUAUAUCAAGAUAUGCUAACUAACACCUCUUCCUUCGAUUGCUCCAAAUUUAAUAAUAUGUACACAAUUAACAAUGGGAUGGGUAAUAUUAACACAAAGGAAAGUAGUGGAGAUGGAAACGUGCAGAGUAACUUAAACAAUACAGCGUUCAUGAAAUAUAAUAUGUUAGACAUUAGAAGGCACACAAGUGCAGAAAGAAAUAACUACUCCAAUGAUAGUUUACUCAUGAGUAAAACUCUGAACAAAAAGAACUUCUCUUUUAGUAUCCUGAACAGUAGUCUCCUAUUCAGUGGGAAUAUUCCGCAUGGGAAGGUAUCCAAUAAUUUGGGUAAUGGCCACCUUGGGGGUGGUAACAAUUUUCGUAAGGACAAUAGCAAAGGAAGGGAAAACCACGCGCGGGAGGAAGAAAAGAAGAACAAAAGAAUAUUUGCACAAAUCGAUAAGGACACCAUUUUGAGGGAUAACAUAUGGGAACAGAACAAAAUGAACAAAAGGCAAAAAUCAGAUAAUCAAUUUAGUACCCAUUUAAAAAGGGGGAGUUAUGUUUUUUUUCUUCUAUACAAUGAUGUGAAAAAUGGUCCAAGUGAUAAUUCAAUAUCCUCCUCUUUCCAUUCGUAUGAACAAGCCAAGAAUUUCAUAAACUUUGACACAAGGAAGCAUGUUUACAACUUAUUCGGUAAUGAGGUGAUACAAAAUGAAAAAAUCAACAUGCAACCAAACAACUUUAAGUUGCUUCACACUAAAUCAACAGUGUCCUCUAUAAACGAAAGGAAAAAUGAACAAAAGAAGAACCACCUAAAUUUUGAUCAAUUACGAGUAAACUUUAAUGAUGAAUAUUUUUUAAAGAGUGAGUUGCCGCAAAACCAGGGAGGGAAAAGAUACUCCAGUGGCUCGUUCCGUAACAGCUACGAUCAAAUGGAUUACAACUUGGACGAAAUGGACUACAACUUUGACAGGAUGAGUGGGUUCCCCCGGAAAAAUUAUGAACACAGAAAAUCAGAAGCAAAGGGAGAACAUAAAAACAAAAAUGGAACAAAAGACUGCAAAGAUGUAUACAAUUUCAGUGAUACUUUGAAGGACUCUCUCAGUGUCCCCUCCAGCAAACUAGUGAGUAGGAGAUCCUUCACAUGUUCGGAAUAUAAAUAUAAUGAAGAAUUAAUUAAACUGAAAAAUUAUUUGCACAAAAUAAGUACAAAGUGUUCUAAUGUUAUAGAAUUCGAUCGCAUAUUUCCUGUGAAAAAAAUUUCUGACAAAAACAUCUCCAUCAUAUUUUACAACUUGCUCGUUUUGGCUUCAAAUGCAGAAGUGGAUGUGACUCAGAAUUAUCCUGACAGUAAUAUUCUCAUACAACUAUGCUAA